UUCAUUCGUAGGCACUGUCUCACUACUACUACGGCAAUGGCAACUCCACAACCACUAGAUUGCUCCGUCUCGACCAGCAAUAAGUUUGCUUCCAAAGAAGAUAACCAGAACAUUCGGCCCAACUAUACUUACAGUGCGUUGGUCGCCAUGGCAAUCCGCAGUAGUCCUGACGGGAAACUGACUUUGUGUGCUAUACAGAAGUGGAUCAGCGAUAACUUCUCCUACUACCGAAAGGAUGAACAGGGCUGGCAAAAUCAGAUAAGGCAGACGCUGAGCACGAAUUCUUGUUUCUGCAAAAUUCCACGACCUAUGGGCGAUCCAGGGCGUGGAAACUAUUGGACCAUUAGUGCAGAAGCGGGACCAUUUCGUUCUCAGCCGGCUACUGGUAGUAAGAAUGCACUUCGGGUGAACGGUGUACCACAUUGUCAGUUUUCAAAUGCGAUGUACUUGCCUACAACGCAUCAGAUACAGGAGGCCCAUCGAUCCAUGUUGGCUCAGGCUAUGCAAGAUCGGCAUGCCUGGUACCAGUACCAUCUGCAACAAUCUCAGUUUCUACAGCAACAACUGGUAAUCCUGCAACAGCAACAGUUUAAACAGCAAUACCAGGAAGUGUAUCAAAAACUUGUGUUCCACCAGCAGCAAGCCGCAUUUUUUGCAGCUCGAAAACCUUCAGUUUAA